AUGAUUCGCAAUCAUAAAUCAUUAUCAGAAGAAGAAAUAUUGUUGCUUCUCAAAGGUGAUUUAUCUGAUUUGGACCUUGAUAUGUCUGAUGUGGAGGAAGAGGUUGAAAAUGCUCAGCAUCAGGACUCUACUACAGUGGAUAUACAGUUUCUUCAAGGAAUGGACCUUGAUAUGGUUGAAAUUCUGGACCGUCAAGACAAUGAUGAAGAUGAUGUUCCCUUAGCUUCAAGAUUACUUGCUGAGCCAAACCUUGUACCAAGUCAUUCAGCUCAGAAAAUUCAGUGUGAUACACACCGGGGUCUUCGGUGGAGAAUGAAGGACAUUGAAGAAGUGGACACAUCAUGUAAUGCAGUUUUUUCUGACCCUCCAGGAGAUGAACUGACACCUCUGCAGUAUUUAAAAAUAAUCUGUAGUGAUGACAUUAUCCAGAACCUAGUCGAGCAAUCUAAUCUAUACUGCACACAGAAAACAUGUGCAUCUUUAGAUACAAAUGUUCGUGAAAUAAAAAAGUAUAUAGGGAUAAACAUCCUAGCAGGUGUUGUGAAAAUGCCUAGUUACAGAAUGUACUGGGCAGAGGCUACAAGAUUUUCUCCAAUAGCUGACUCAAUGCCUAGAAAUAGGUUUGAUAAGCUAAGAAAUUAUUUACAUGUGAAUGACAACACUAAAAUGAAACAAAGAGAGGACCCUGAUUAUGACAGGCUGUUCAAGGUGAGACGAUUUGUUGACAAAAUCAAACAAGGUUUUUCAAUUAUUGAACCUGAGGAAUAUCAUUCAGUGGAUGAAUUAAUCAUUCCUUUCAAAGGUCAUUCAUCCCUGAAACAGUAUGUAAAAAGCAAACCACACAAGUGGGGUAUAAAAGUUUUUGCCCGUGCUGGUUCUAGUGGAAUUGUGUACGAUUUUGAAAUAUACCGAGGGAAAGGAACUGUGCAUAAUGAUACUGGUCUUGGUAUAAGUGGUGAUAUUGUGAUAAGGCUUCUGGAAGGACUGCCAAAAUAUACAGACAAUUGGUUCACCUCUUACAAUCGUAUUUCUGCCCUGAAAAACUAUGGCAUUUUGGCUGUUGGAACUGUUAGACCCACAAGACCUCAAGGCUGCAAUCUAAAAGCAGACAGUGAGCUGAAAAAGCAGGGACAAGACUCAUACGAUUAUCGAACUGAAACAGAAAGGAACAUCAUAGCGCUGAAGUGGUAUGAUAACAAGUCUGUCGUUCUUGCACCAUCAUACAAAGGAGUAAGUCCAGUAGAACCAGUGAAAUGUUGGUCAGUGGGAGAAUGA